AUGGGAAGCGCCUACGAGGCGCUCGCCGUCGCGCAGAGCGCGCAGCUGUACCUGCUCGUGGGACUGCUCGGCCUCGUCGUGUACCUGCUCCUCGUGCUGACGUUCUUCUUCGUGCCGCACAUCAAGACGCAGCACCCGGCCGCGGACCUCGUCGUGUGGCACGCGACCUGCGGCUUCAUGACGUCCGGCGGCUUUGUCGCUGGCUUUGUCCUGCAGCGCUACGACGGCGCACGGGCGGACGAGCAGCUGCUGCACUGGCAGUGUGCGUUUCUCGCCCCUUUCCACCAGUUCUUCUUCCUCGCGGGCACGUGUUGGUACCUCAUGCUGACGCUGGACCUGCUCGUGGCGCUUGUGAACCCCUGGAUGGGCUACCGCUGCAAGUCGUGGACGUACCACACCAUUGUGUGGAGCGUGAGUGCUGUCUCGGCGCUGGUGCUGCAUCAGCUCGAGCUCUUUGGUCUUUCGUCACUCAAUGUGUGCUGGAUCAAGCGCACAGAGGACCCGACUCGGAUCAAUACGGCCAAUUGGGUCUUUCUGUUUAUGGCCGUAGGUGCCACGUGCUGCUUGUCACUUGCCGUGCUACUGUUUGCAAGCUUCCGCUUUGUGAGGCGACAAUUGGAUGUCACGUACCGUGCCAAGCGACGCAACUUGAUCCAGUACUACCGCUAUCUCCUGGUAUUUGCAGGACACUGGGCGGCGUGUGGUGCGCUGUAUUACGCGGCAUAUCGCCAGCACUUUGAGGGCAAGAUGGCGAAACACUGUGAACUCGCGUUUGCACUGGUCUUUGGGUCGUACCCUGUGCUGCUGCUAGUCGUUUGGGUGCUCAAUACGGAGCUGUAUCAAAACUUCUCGAGUGAAAACAACCUCUCUCAGUCAGAGCGAGGUGCUGGAAACUUGACGAGUACAGAGCAUUUCAGUGCUGCUCUGCGAAAAGAUCUGAUGCGCUACACGACGGCAGGUAUUCGGUGCAGCAUCGGUGAGUCACCGGUGGAUAGCUUACGCUCUCCGCUGCUCAGUCUGUCGCGGGACCGCUUUGGAUCACUGGACCGCACUGCUGCGUUGACCUUUUUGCAAACGGAAGAGGGCGGAACGGCUGGGUUGUACCACGAGAAAAAGCGGCUUGCGACGACGGUGUAUAAUGGCGAGUAUCGGUACUACGAGAAGCUGGGGUUCACUGACUACGCACCGAAAGUGUUUCAGAACAUUCGCGAGAUCUGCGGUAUUGAUAACGAAAUGUACGAGCAAUCGUUUGCAGACACGUUGCUGGAGCGCGCGUCGGAAGGCAAGUCGGGGAUGCUGUUCUACUUCACUAGUGACCGCCAGUACUUGGUCAAGACGAUGACGAAGAAAGAGCACUCUUUUCUGCUGCAAGUGCUUCCACUGUUCCAUCAGUAUAUUCUCAAGCAGCCGAACUCGCUCUUGUGCCGAUUUCUUGGAUGCCAUUCGAUGCAACUUCCUGUUGGCUGGAACAAGAUGUUUUUUGUUGUAAUGGAAAAUAUAUUUCCUGACGGACCAGUUGACGAACGCUACGAUCUGAAGGGGAUUUUUCACCAGUCCAGCUUUCGAUAUCAAGAAGUUGUCCUGACACCCGUGUCAAGUGAGUGGAGCCGGAGUGGCAGAGAAGAAGUAGACGUCGUGCGCUUGUUUGAAGACGACUCUGCAGCGUUGAGCGAGACCCAAAGCGUGGGCAGUGAAUCGGGACACGUUACCGAGAAGCAGCCGCUACUACGUCGCGGUCGCUCGCGCCCUUCCCUUCGAUAUGAUAACGACUUCGUAACACGCCGGGCUUCACUUCGUGUGAAUCCCACAACUCGUGCAAAUUUACUCGCGCAGGUGACCAGUGACUGCGGAUUCCUCCAAGAGCUGGGAAUCAUGGACUACAGUUGCCUCCUCGGCAUCCGAAACUACAAUCAUCGCAUUGAGUCCGAGGUGCUGGACAAUUUAGCGCACAAUGCCGUUGUUUCAGCGGAUCAGUCCACCGUGUAUUAUCUUGGGUUCGUAGACAUCUUGCAACAUUACAACAUUGGAUGGAAGCUACAACACUGCUUUCUAGCUGCGCUGAUGGACAAGCAUCAAAUUACGGCGCUCCCCCCUGCAGAGUAUGCGCUGCGUUUUUUGAACUUCAUCCACGAGUACCUACUGCGAGAUCCCGAAGCAUCCCAGGUUCGCUCGUACGGAAGCGUGGAGUACUCGCCCUCUAGCUUCGUUCGCCGGGACCAGCUAUGA